AUGCAAGGAGUAGACAAAGAAGAAGGGGCAAAUGAAGAACAUGAUGACUUGAUAACAUCAAAUCUGAUGCAAAGAAUAAUAAAACGGCGGGAAGGGCGACCUUUCCUAAGCAAAAGACUGGCCGGCGAACAUGGAGAAGAUGAAGAGCGGAUUGCUGAUUAUUCGAAUUCACAGAAAAAUGGUAAAAUAAUUUGUAAGCGCUGCAAGAUGUUGUUGGGAGAAGCUAUGCCCUCAGGUGUCAUAAAAUACUAUUUCACAGAAUUGCUUGUUCAGCCAUCUGAAGACAGCUUUUGCAUAAUACCAAGGUCUUCCUUUAUACAGAAUGUUGUAGCCAAGUGCUUCAUGGAACUCACAUUUUCUAGAAGCACAUUUAGGUUCAGCAUCCAAGGAAUGGAUGGCACAGUGUAUAUCUUGAUCUGGGUAUUGAAUUGUGACACACUGAUGGUGGAAAUGUCAGGAAACCCAGUUUCCAAAAACAUUUUUACAUUACUUGAACCUGAGCUGUCAUCUCCUUUGAGGCCUGCUGAGAUUCAUAAGGCUGUUAAAGUUCUUUACCAUCCUUGUACUGAGAACAGAAACAAGGAUCUUGUUGAUGCAUGGAGAGAAGAUAUUGGAGUCUCUCCCCUGACAUUUCCAUCAAAAACCUGUUUGGAACUUCUGUUGAUACUAUCUCAGAGUAAUGCUUCGUUGCCUCCUUCUCUUCGCUGGAUGAAUUCUUUCCAGGUUGCUUUUCUGAAAAUGUAGCAUGACCUGUAAAGGAAAAAAAAAAAAACUCAUCCUUUAUCUGUCAAGAAUUAUGGAACAUAAGACCUCAAGUGAAGAUUGUAUUUUUCAAAGUGGUACCAACAAUCCUGAAUCAAAAUCUGGAUAUUUCAGCUGUUUGUUGACUUUGGAGUCUUCUGAUGUUCAGAAAAUUUGACAGAGGCAAGUUGUUCAAGCAUAGUUGUAAAACCAGAGUUCAGAGAGUGAAUUAAUUUGAAAUGUCAGGAGUCUGAGAUCACUGUAACUAACAUCCUACUAAUUCCCCAAGGAGAAGUCAAUUAUCUUCUGAAACAACAUCAGCUUUACAAAGAAGGCUUGAUAAGUAGCUCCUUUGCCUUUUUUGAGGAAUUAGGAACUGUCUGCCAGGACUAGACACUGGAUAUUUCAAUGUCCAAAUGGGAAAGUAAACUGUAACCCUUUUUGGUAAGCUGUUUUAACUAUAAUUAUUUUGAGAGGCCCCGCAAAGCAAAUGGGUUAAAACUGGAGUUCUCAGAAUGUGAAUUGGGGUUCUUCCAGUACCUUUACCACUUUCCAAUGUACAGUCUCAAGCAACCUAGAGUGUCACAAUU